AUGAUUGAUACUAUUGUCCCGGAGUUUACGAAGUUUAGUGAAUUUGCUAGCAUUGGUGCUGGUGGAAAAGUGGUUUUCGCUACAGAUGACUUCUUUGCAACAUGCGAGAAUAUGCUAUCAGAUGCAGAGCCAGUUUUCAUUGCAGAGAAAUACACGGAAUAUGGUAAAUGGAUGGAUGGAUGGGAGACACGUAGAAAGAGGGUGCCCGGUCAUGACUGGUGCAUCUUGAAACUUGCUUCUAAAUGUAUUAUACGUGGAUUAUUGGUAGAUACGGCGUUCUUCACUGGAAACUUCGCACCAAAGUAUUCCAUACAAGCUGCUUGUUUGUCACCUGAAGAAGAAGAAUGUUUGUCAGAGAGAAUAUCAGAAAUAGGAACGACGUUCAGCAAAUUCGACUUGGAACAGAUCGAACGACUUAAAUCUGACAAAUGGGAUGAGAUAGUACCUGUCACUGCCCUACGGCCCGGUUACGAAGAAACUAGACACAAUUAUCAAAAGGUACUAAGUGAUGAUUCUUGGACUCAUAUUAGAGUGAAUAUUUAUCCUGAUGGUGGAAUAGCGCGUCUUAGGGUAUUUGGUGAAGCGCGACCUGACCCGCCUCCACAAAAUCAAAUUAUAGAUUUGGUUUCAUUGCUCAACGGCGGGAUAUGUCAAGGGUUUUCAAACGCACACUACGGGCAUCCCAGAAAUGUAAUAAAGCCUUCCAAGAAUCAAUGCAUGUCAGAUGGUUGGGAAACAGCGAGAAGAUUAGACCGGCCUGUAAUAAUAGAAGCCAAUGAAGAUGGCACUUUAAGAUAUACAGGUCAAGAAUGGGCGGUGUUUAAACUUGGAUUUCCCGGAAAGAUUAAUCAAAUUUUCGUUGACACACACCUCUUUAAAGGCAAUUAUCCUGACUGUGUUCAAGUUGAAGGAACUUAUUUGAAUCGAUCUGAUUGGUGCCCCGAAACUCUGUGUACAUGGCAUAAUAUUUUGAAGCCUGGCAAGUUAUCAGCGCAUAAAGAACACUGGUUCAACUGCGAUUCUGAUGUCGUGACACACAUCAAAGUAACGAUGGCUCCAGAUGGCGGAUUUAGCAGAAUCAAAGUAUUUGGAUAUGCCGAUUCCUUUACUAGUUAA